CCUCACAGACUCAAGCUGUCUUUUCUGGGAUCACAUGAGCUUGUGCUGCUAGGACUUAGCAGGCGGAUUGCGCUGCUGACAGGAUGAGAGGUUUGAACAUGCAGAAACUCCAUUAGAUUUGGUCCUUUGAAAGCCAUCCGUGAUCUGAUUUGACAAAUGUCCGUGAAGGGGUCUGUGCUGGCUCUGGGGAAGUGUCUCGCCUGUCUGGAGUUUAUGUUGUUUCCUGUGUGGCGAGGCAUUGGGGUGAGUCGUGGAAGUUGGAGUCAAGGCUGGGGACGCUGCCUGCAAUGGGAGCUGUCCAGCACAGGAGAGGGACCCCGGAUCCCGGGAUUUGACUGCCCGGUGUGGUUGGUUCUCUGCCGUGGACGGGCCAGGUUGAGGGAGGUCUGUCAGAGAACAGGUGCUAUCAAAUUGCCCACAAACAUGCUCAGUGUUAAACUUCCCCAACUCUUUGACUUCCACCAGGUCCCCAAGGUGUUUAGGGAGGACAGCAUCAUCUCUGGUUACCGUCACCCACGGAGCUCGGCACUGGACUGUCUCCUCAGCAGCUUCCAACUGAACAAUGAGACCAUCAACAUUUGGACCCACUUCCUGCCCACAUGGUACUUUCUGUGGCGCUUCAGCAUCCUGUGCUCCACUCUGAACUUCCUGACAGACAGCUACACCUGGCCCUUGCUGGUGUACAUGGUGUCGAUCUGUAUUUACCCAUUCACAUCCAGCUGUGCACACACCUUUAGCACCAUGUCCCCGGAGUCCCGCCAUAUCUGCUACUUCUUUGACUAUGGAGCGCUCAGCCUUUACAGCUUAGGUUGUGCCAUGAGCUAUGGAUACUAUGUCAUGCCUGACUGCUGGGUGAACACUUGGCUUCAUCGACAUUUUGUCCCCAUUGCCAUUGGAAACACACUGUUUUGUACCGGUCUGUCCUGCUACUCCAGGUUCUUGGAGUUGCAGUGUCCACAGAGAAGUAAAGCUGUGCGGACGGGGGCGUUUAUUGUCCCCUUUAUCUUUGACACAAUCCCUCUGUUUUACAGGAUCCUUCUGUGUUGUGGAGGAAGCUGCAUGAGCAACGCCUUGACCAGUCACCGUUACCACCUUCUCUUCGCCUUCCUCACCUGCUUCCUGUUUACCGCCCACCUCCCAGAGAGGUUAGCCCCGGGCCGCUUUGACUACUUUGGCCACAGUCACCAGCUCUUCCACAUCUGCGCAGUGGUGGGCACCCACUUCCAGAUGGAGGGUGUGAUAGCAGAUAUGAUGUCCCGGAGGGUGUGGCUAAUUUCCCAGGGAGCUUUGCCAUCCUUCAUGGGCACCAUCAGUGUGCUGGUCCUCAGCCUUAUACUCAAUCUGGGCAUCGUUGGCAUUUUCAGCGCGCCUUUGCUCUGGAAGUCGUGCCAUGUCACUGCUGCUCAGCUGCACACAACGCCGCAGGAUUCCAAGGAGCUGUGAGGCAGUCUUCCCGCCAGGAGCUACUAAAUGUGUGUUCCACUUUCCAAAGGAAAGCUUUGAGUCAUUUGUUUGUCACAACUGCCUCUGUUUGAGGUGACUGUAACGGCUUGUGUUGUUUAUCCCGUUUAAAGAUGGUGUUUUUGAUACAUUCAGCACAAAUACAUUUUCUAAAAUUGUUACACACUUAAAACAUCUGUUGAUGUGUUUACUCAGAAGCUGACAACCCAGGCACACUCCCUGAAACCUUUUUCUGACCUUACGUUAACUUUGUGUGAGAAGCUUAAAACUGAUGUAGAAAUGUCUAAUUUAUUUUUGAAGCUUGUCAGUGUGUGUUUAAAAUAAAGAUCUGGGCUGAAGGAUGCAGGCUGUUGUAACACAUCACAUACGUGCCUUAUUGUAGUUUUUAUUAUUAUUAUUUACACAUACUCUUUAUAAAUGGGUCACUGCAGGUAAUUGCACAAUACUGGAAAUCAAUAGCCAAGCACUUAGUUUGGAGGGAUGUUUGUUUUGUAUUUUCAUACAUGAGGUCAGAAUGUAAAGUUUGCUAACUGGACACUUUGUACGUUGUUGGUCAGUGCAGAUGUUUUCGUUGGGUGCGACACAUGAUGCAGGUUGGAUUUCUCACCAUUUAGUCCACCUGUGGAUUCCACUCUACAGAGAACACAGUUCAUUUGCAGGUCAGUUCACUCUUCUGAUUGGCUGCUAUAUUUUCAGCAAACAAAUCUCUAUGUGCCAAAAAGUAAAUGACAGGUACUAUUUUUAUAACGUUACAUUCCACUGACGACACUAGUCCCCAGUGACACGACAGGUUUUCUUAUUCUUUAAUUUCUCUGUUCCAGUUAAACUUUAAAUUUACAAUUUGUAUCUAAAUGGGUUUUUGUUGGGUUGGAGUGUAUAUAUUAACAUGAUAAUCUUGUUGGUGUUUCAGUAUUUUCAUAUAAAUCACUCCUUAAAUAAGUUCAUUGCCUGACAAGACUCUUUACCACCCAAAUAAUUUUUUGUUUUUUCUCUGAUUAAUAUCCUUGUGAGUGGAUCUGCUACGAAUGAGACAACUAGAAUUCUUUUCAAAAAUUAAUAAAAUUGAUGAGGAUUAUCAUGGCUCAUUUUGGUGUGUAUGAUGUAUCAUCCUUUGUCUAAACCGCUUAUUCCGUUUAAGGGCCACAGGGGGACCGGAGCUGAUCCCAGUGCUCAUUGGGUGAGAGGCGGGUCCACCCUGCACAGGCUGCCAGUCUGUCAUCAUCCAGCAAACACAUAUUAUUGAGUGAUUUUAGAAAUUCUGAAACAAUUCUGUUGCUGUGCUAACAUUCAGAAGACAGCUGUAUUUCUGCGGUGGCUGGGAAGUGCAAAAACACUUUCACAAACAGCAGAACACUUUUACAAGAAGUCCUCAAACAAACUUACAAAUUACAGAUUCGGGUGGAAAGGGAAUGUACUAAAUGACAGACAUUUCUCUUCCAUCAGAAUCUGUCAUUUGUAAAUUUGCUUCAGGACUUCUAGUAAAAGUGUUUUUGUACUUCCCACCCACUAUAUUUUCCAAAGCAAACUGCGUGGAAGUCUCAUCUGUUUUUAAACGCAUUUUAAAAACCACUCAUGGCACAAAUUUGUACUUAAUUCCACUCUGCAUGUCCACAGGAACAAAGAGCCUAACACACACCAAGUGUUUUAGCACGCUGUGGUCUCAAACCAGGUCCAUUGAAGGCUGACAGGCUGCAGGUUUUCAUUCCUACCGACCACACCGGCAGCUGGUUUCACUGACAGAUUCCUUUCCGCUGCUCAGAAUGUGUGUUUACAUUUCACACCUGCCCCUUCUCAGCCCGGUCUGGAUCAGGUUUGACAUCACCAGUGCAGAGCGUUAGAUAAAAGGGUAAGCGUACGUGAGUCUGGCUGAGAGAGACGGGGGCCGUGUUUAGGUGUGUGAUAAAACGUGAGUACUUUUUAAAAAAAUUAUUAUUAGGUUAGCCUGAAGAGUGUAAAAUUUACAGAUACAUGCACAUCACAGACAAAACAAUUAUCCCUAUAACCUUUAUUUUUCCUCUGCAUUCGCCCCCAUUUAAUUCUGGGAUUUCCCUCAUUAAUUGUUUCUGAUUUUAUUGUCCUUUGAGUUUUGGAACAUGUUUAUUUCAGAUCAGCUGCUUUUUUGUUAACAUCUCAGUCACUCUUGGUGCCUAUUUGACACACAGUUCAAUGCCGAUACCUAUUAUUAUUUAUUUAUCGACCAAAAUAAGAUUAUACUGUUACUUUGAAGGCUCUCAAACAAAACUCACUGAACGAGAUGAGUUUGUAAUUAAUAAAAUAAAUAAAUAAAUAAAGCCUCUGAUGGCAUCUGUGUGGUGAAGGAUUAUAGAUGAGGUGAAAUAAAUGGACAAGGACAGGAUGAUUAAUUUGUUUCAGCAAAAGUUUUUCAGUGUCAACAAAUAAUUGAUUUCUCUUAAUGUUUUAUACUUUUUGAUAUAAUGCCCUGCUUGUUCUUCUCUAUAUACAUGUUUUCUCAAUGUAUAAAUGUCAAUUUUGUGUGUAUAAUUUGUAAUAUGCUACUAAAUGUCUGUAAUAAAUUAGCCUUUUUCAUAAAUGUAA